CGCGAAAAAAGGAGAACGCUGAACGAAUUUGGUCGCGUUUUGGUGAAAAUUGUUUAGGUGAAAGCUGUGAAAAUAUGUCCUCAGACAGCGGAAACGGCGCAGCCACGCGCGAUAGUACGAAUUAUAUCGAUACGCUACCGGCUGAGGUACUUUGCGUGAUUUGUGAUCUGCUAGAUCUGAACGAUAUCAAAAAUGCUUCCCGCACAAGCAAAAGAUGGCACAAGAUCAUCUUUGCAAGCCAGUAUGCUGCGCGAUUCGUUUUUAUCCUCAAUGUGGAGUCGAAGGUACUUGCCGGUUAUCCGAGAUGCCUCGGAUCCGUGGACAAAUCCUCGGAAAUAUACAAGAAAUACAAACUCCAACGAUCAGAGAAGAGGCAGGAGGUGCUCAAGGACGUAAUGAAUUUGCUCACGCACUCUGAACGAUGCUAUCAAAACCUAACUCAUCGCGUUAAUAGAUUCAUCGUCGGUAGCCUGCCAGCGCUAUGGGUCACUAUUCAUCCGAAACAUACAACCAAUCUGCUCUCGCUGGAUCUUAGCUUUUCCGGUUCCGCGACGGAGCUAGUGUUACCAGCGAUAGCCAAGACAAUACCGUUGUUGCCGCAACUUGUUACGCUGAAGCUACGCCAUGUCGAUGGACAACCUUUUCAGCAGAAAAGUUUAACAAUUCUUCGAAACAGUACGGUGCAGAAUCUUACGGUUGCUUCCAUACUCAACAUUGGGAUAGAAAUGCCACAGUUGCUAACAUUCACAGGUGAAUCUGCUGUACUGUUCCAAUCCGCGAGCAGCACAAAUUCCCAGAUCCAGCCAGAUGCGUUCGGUAAUCUGAAACAUCUAAACAUUACCGACGUGAAAGGAAUCUUUUGUGAUAAGCCCAAACCAACGCAUAAAGUAUCAAUCCCACUGCAAGUGUCCAUAAUUCUUCAAUUGAAGAAUUUAGAGACGAUGAAGUGGGAGGAUAAAGUAGGAGAUAAAGUCUUCCGCGCGAUAUGUGAGACGUGCACGAAAUUGAAGGAUUUGUCGAUUAAAACACAAGUUGCUAAUGUCACGGUGUUGAAUUAUCUUUCAAAACUCGUUAAUCUACGUGUUCUAACGAUUGGAGAAGUUAACAGUACAGAUAAUUCUCGCUUAACCUUCGAUUUUUCGGUUCAAACCAAUCUAGAGAAGCUCCAACUGCCAAACUCAAGAAUCGAUUCCCUGGUACUUCCAAAGAGGGUGUAUAAGCUUGGCUUGACGAUUAGCAGCAAAAAUCGCGCAAAUAUGAUCCAGAUCCUUAAAAAGUACAAAGUGCAGUUGACAGAAUUGGCCCUAACUUUCAUCAAUUUCGAUGAUAAGGAACCGCCACAAAUAUUGAAGGUAUUGUCGAUGAUGGAGAACUUAGACGUUGUCCUGUUCCGUAGAGGAUGUUUCAAAGACUUGAGUUUUUUUGGCAUAUCCAAACCAAUGUAUCGUUUACGCGAAAUGUACUUCGACAAUUGUUGUUUACAUCGGGCAACCUUUGAUGGCCGCACCGAAAAGUUCCCCAACCUGAAGGUCCUGCGUUCUUGGGAGGAUGAUGAAGAUGAUCUCUAUAACAAUAAGAAUGACGAUGAUUACUCUGACGAUGAUUACUCCGACGAUGAUUACUCCGACGAUGAUUACUCUGACGAUGAUUACUCCGACGAUGAUUACUCUGACGAUGAUUACUCCGACGAUGAAGAUGAGUCUGAUAAUGCUGAUGAAGAGUGAGAAGAGUUAAAAAAUGAUGACGAUAAGGAGUCUGAUGGCCAAGAUGAUAAGUUUAAUCAUGAUGAAUCAGCUGAAGAAUCAGAAACACGUGAGCAGGAGCGUGAUUAGUUUAGUAUAGAAGCUGCAAGGCAUCGAAGCCCAGAGAAAAGAACACGUUUAGAAUGCCACUGAGUGGUGAUGAAAUGUAACAUGUAAUGAAUUAAAUCACAAAUAAACGAUUGGAG